UUGUAAAUUCAGUAGAAGACAGAAGAAUAAAGUGAAGUGCAUGAAAUACUUACCUUUCAACUUACCUGUGCCGGUGGAGUCAUCUGUCCUUGAUCAGUUGAUCCGUAUCUGCCCUUGCUAGCCGCCAGUCCUGAAAGAGAAGAACCCCGAUACCAUCCCUGAUAUUCACUGCUGAAGAAUCAACCCCGAAACACAACGUAGGAAAUCCGACGUAGGACCACUUUUGGUAAGCGCCAACAUAAAAUCUGGUGCCGUGACCAGGAUACGUCGACACCGUCCGGGAUCCUGCAUCCGUCCGUUGCACGUGGGACGAUCACUGGGCGCUGCCAUUUUGGUUCCGCCAUUGCGCUGAAGGAGAAUACAUUCAAUACAAGGCUCGAUUUUAUCGGGUCGCAGGUAAUUACCUGUCCGAUUAUUUGUACUGGGUCUCGCAGGUACCCUUUAGAUUUCCGUUUAUUUGUUGCAUGUACCCAUUUUUCGUCGAUUUGGCGCUCUGGAUUGCUGCCAAGCCGUUUGGAGCACAUCAAUAGACCGACGCCGCUACACACGAAUGCUUUUUGGUCCGGUGGAGUACGCCAUCACGCUUCCGCCAUUGAAGAGAAGGACGAAGCCACGCUAUUUCAUCAUUGCUGCAAGCCAUCCUUGCAUCGACGCAGGACGCGCUUCCUCGGCCCGUUUCUGGCCGCACACACCCUCGCAGGCAUCUGUAUAUGCCGGUCAACGCCUCAUCAGUGAAUUUCAUACGGAAGUUGGUGGAUUUUCUGUUGCAACGUCAUCAACAAGGGCAUCGGCUCGCACCGAGCGAGCGCCAUCUGAUUCCUGAUAGCAGUUUACUAAAAAUACAAGGCAUUCUAUUGCCUUGGAAUCGAUCGUUCUUCGACUUCCUACGGGUCGUGAUCAUCGAUUGUUCCCGCGAAGAUGGCGUUUCCGCGGCAACAGGCAACGCUGAUUUCGAGGAGGACUACCAUGAUCGACGCACUGGGUCGGGCAGGGGCGUUCAUUCAAACCUACGAUGAACAACGUGACCAGGCGCAGGUGCCCAUUCGCCUGGAAUACCUAAACAGCAUGUGGGCUACUCUGGAAGAGGUGCAGACGCAGCUGGAGGAUUCCGAAGAAGCUGAGGAAGGUAGGCAAUCCCAUCGCGACGUCCGUGCUUCCUUCGAGCCUCGACUCUUUAAAAUUAAAGCCGAUCUUAUCGCAAAACUUCCUGUUAUUAUUCAAAACGCUCGUAUCCCUGAUUCUGGUCCAAAUGUUUCCGCUCUGUCCGGGUUAAAAUUGCCAACGAUAUCGCCUCCUGAGUUCGAUGGGGACUACAUGCAGUGGCUAGGCUUCCAUGAUACGUUCUUGGCGUUAAUCCACUCUAAUGCCGACGUACCGGCGAUUCAGAAGUUCCAUUAUCUGAGGGCAGCUUUAAAGGGCGAAGCUGCGCAACUGAUCGAGUCCAUCGGGAUUAGUUCAGCCAAUUACAACCUAGCAUGGCAAGCGUUGGUCGAUCGUUAUGCCAACGACUACUUGUUGAAAAAGCGGCAUCUCCAGGCACUCUUCGACAUUCCAUCGGCCAGAAAGGAAACUGCUACUUCACUUCACACCCUGGUGGACGAGUUUCAACGACACACUAAAACCCUAUGCCAACUUGGCGAACCAACGGGCUCCUGGAGCAGUAUUCUCGAACAUCUUCUGUGUACCAAGCUUCCCGAUGAAACAGUCAAAGCAUGGGAGGAUUAUGCAUCAACCAAUAAUGAUCCGAAUUAUGAGUGUUUAAUCGACUUCCUCCAGCGUCGAAUGCGAGUUUUGGAAUCCAUUCUGGUGAAUCAUCAUCAAAACUCUUCAUCAUCGUUUGGUUCUGUUCAUGCUUCCAAAAGGCCAUCUCACUUUCGUCUUUCAUCGUGCGCCUCCACUUCGAGCUCCAGUAACAAAUGUCCAGCAUGCAACCAGGAACAUCCGCUGAUGAAAUGUGCGAAAUUCAAUCGCCUUUCUCACUCCGAACGACAGCAGCUUGUUUCCAGCAAACGUCUCUGCCACAAUUGCCUCAAGGGAGAUCACAUUGCUAGAAAUUGUCCGUCGAAUUUCAACUGCAAGCAUUGCAACAAGCGCCAUCACAGCAUGUUGCACUCUGCCGAUGGUUUGAGGCCAUCCAACGAAUCGUCCUCUGCUCGCAUUUCCAUGCCAACUCAAGCUACCCAAUCUAACGCUCGUUCUAAUGUCGAGUCGAUUCCCCAAUCGACAGUAGCAGCAACUGAAUGUGUUUCUCGAGUCGUUGCCAAUGCAUCUGCCCCAGGGCCUCUGGAAGAUGUGUUUCUCUUAACGGUAUUGGUGAAAGUCGUCGAUGCGUACGGUCAGGACCAUUUAGCUCGUGCCUUGCUUGAUAGCGCUUCCCAGCCAAAUCUUAUAACUGAUCGCCUAGCACGCAGGCUACAGUUAAAGAGAGAUGCAGUGAAUGUUACCAUCCAAGGAGCUGGGAACUUGUCUAAAAGGGUUCGAGAGUCAAUCUAUGCUCGUAUAAAAUCGCGGAAUGGAGACUUCGAGUGUGGUGCAGAAUUUCUGUUAAUGGACACCGUGACAGCGGACCUCCCAGCUCAAGAUGUCCCAGUUCAAAGCUGGCAGAUUCCCCAAAAUUUGUCGUUAGCGGAUCCCUCAUUUAACAAGAAGCAUCAUGGUACUUGGCGCAAAGCAUUUUCAUUCCUUCUUCCCUAG